GCAAAUGGUUUGCCUCUUCACUCCUUCCCUUUGUUUAUUUUUGCUGUUGAUCUAAGAAAAUUAUCAAAAUGAAUAAAAUUUGUGUUAUCAGACGAUUUAUACCAUUGACAACCAAAGCUAUGAAAUGUUAUCCAACAACAGUACAAACUCAGAAGAUCCAUCGUUGGGUUGCUCCAACAUUAAUGGAACUCAAGGUACGCGAAAAAAAACUUGGUGGCAAGAAAUAUUCACCGAGAAAUACAUAUCUUGAAUGGAAUUUAGAAGCAGAAUUGUAUGCUUUUGGGAAACGUUUGAAUGAAGAUUUUGAUUCGGAUCUCUUACUGCAAGCUUUUACUGACAGAUCAUAUGUAAUCAAAGAGGAGCAGAAGCAAAAAGAUUUGGGUAUUGACAUAAAAAUGAAGGAUAAUAGAGAAUUGGCUUCAAAUGGUGAGGAGUUUAUCAAGAAUUAUGUCCAGGUAUACUUGGAAACAAUUUUACCAAGGUUCCCUUUGGAAGGUGUAUCUGGUGUUAGAGAGCACCUAAUAAGUGAAGAGUCUUUAGCUCAUGUGUCAUUGCACCUUGGUACCAAGGAUAUAAUAUUAGCAGCUGAGUAUCCAGUUGAUAGAUUUAUUUUAGCAAACGCGUUCAAAGCUAUAGUAGGGGCCUUGCUACAGUCAUCCGGUGAUGAAAGAGCUGCCCAUUUUGUACGAGACUUUGUCAUUGCUCAAUUACAAGGAAAAGAUGUUAAUGAAUUUUGGACUAUUGAUGAUCCAUAUGAAAUGCUAACAAAUAUUUUGAAGAAAGAAGGUGCUACUUUGGAACCACGUUUAAUUGGUGAAGCAGGCAAAAACACUAUACUUGCUUGCUACAGAGUUGGCCUUUAUGUGGAAAAGAAAAUGAUUUCCUCAGGUUAUGGAGAAUCGAUUAAAAUUGCAAAAGAAAUGGGAGCCAGAGAGGCACUCAAGAAAAUAUUUGGAACAGAAGAUCAUAUGAAACCUAACUUUCAAUUAGAAGGCAUACCAAAACCUAACACAAAUAUUCGAUAUCAAAUAGCUGCAAGCUAGAACUAAGAUUUAUAGUAGAAAUAGAUAUGUACAUAUAAAUAAAACUGUUUUG